GAUAAGGGCGUGCUUUUCUACCGAAAUCCGAACGCACUAGCUUCCUGUUUGUGUCGCGACGCUUUGACGUAUCUGUCCUGUUUUCCUUGCGGAUGUAGCCCUCGUGCCCCGGAGAGACAGUCAGGUAGUGAUGUGGCUGAGGUCCGCGGCGGAGCGAUCUGCGCGACGACAAAGAGCCGAGAUGUUCGCGCAGAGAUCUACUCCAGAGGACGCGCGUAGUAACAUGGUCGAAACAAAAGCGUGAGGCGCCAUAGGCCUGCCGUCCCAACAACAUUAUAUACAAAUAUACAUCGGCACAUUUCCUAAAAGCCACUGUGGUCAUCUGGAGUAAGUUUGAGUGGAUUUAGAGAUUACUCGCGUGGGAAAUGGAGAAGAAAAGGUGGGAUUGCACUGCUCUCCCCAAAGGCUGGAAAAUGGAAGAAGUGACCAGAAAGUCCGGUUUGUCAGCUGGAAAGAGCGAUGUCUAUUAUUUUAGUCCAUCUGGGAAGAAGUUUCGGAGCAAGCCUCAGCUGGCCCGUUACCUUGGUAACCAGAUGGACCUCAGCUCUUUUGAUUUCCGCACGGGGAAGAUGCUGAUGAGCAAGCUGAACAAGAAUCGCCAGAGACUGCGAUACGAUAACAACAGCCAGAACAAGGGUAAACCUGACCUGAACACAUCACUCCCAGUCAGACAGACGGCCUCCAUCUUUAAGCAGCCCGUUACCAAGGUUACCAACCAUCCCAACAACAAAGUGAAGACGGACCCUCAGAAAGCCGUUGACCAGCCCAGACAGUUAUUUUGGGAGAAGAAACUCAGUGGUCUGAAUGCUUAUGACAUUGCAGAGGAGCUGGUGAAAACAAUGGAACUGCCUAAAGGCCUGCAAGGUGUCGGUCCAGGUUGCACAGAUAAAACUCUCCUGUCGGCGAUUGCCAGCGCUCUGCACACGAGCGCUGCUCCAAUCACCGGGCAGCUGUCCGCCGCUGUGGAGAAGAACCCGGGAGUCUGGCUCAACACUGCUCAGCCGCUGUGCAAGGCCUUCAUAGUCACUGAUGAAGACAUCCGGAAGCAGGAGGAGCUGGUGUACAGCGUGAGGAAGCGGCUGGAAGAGGCACUCAUGGCCGAUAUGUUGGCCCACGUCGAGGAGGCUGCCAAUGAAGGAGAGGCUUUAAAGGAAGAGGGCAAUGGCAGUGAAGACAUGGAGAGUGUAUAGCACAGGUUUUUGCAAAGUCCAGAUGGAGUCGCUCCACGCCUACAUCUACGACCACGAACAGUAGGAUUCCCCAUUCCAGUCCAGCUCUGAAGAACUGUCCACCUAAACCUAAACCCGACUUAUUCCAGUACGACCUAAAGAGCCCUUUUCCCUUCGCCUGACCCCAGAAAUAAGUCUCAAAUGCAUCCAUUCAUCAAUAACUCCACUGGAUGGGACUCCUUGGCCGUAUUUUAGAGCCCACAUGAUUGUUAUUGAGGAAAUGAAAAUAACUAGAUAAGUAAAUAAAUAAAUGAAUGAAAUCAAAUGAACUUUCGAAUACUAAAAUAAUAACUUAUCUAAAUCGUGGCAAAUUCAGUGUUCAGUGAUAAGUGUGUUUUCUACUAAAAAGCUUUGAAUGAGUAUGUAUUUUUUGUGACAAUCAUGUCAAAUCUGAACAUUAGAGAAAAAAACUCGAUUUGUUGCGGGCAGAUUGAAAGUGAAUGUUUUUGUACGUUUGCCAUCUCUCUUUCUUGAAUUUGUACGAUACACUCCUGACGCAGCACACGCACAGCUCGUGGAAUCCUUACGGUUUAGUUUGUGUCCGUUGGAACGGACAGAGUCCAGUUUUUGUUGUCAUUUUGAGAAAACAUCUUCUGCGCCAGCUGCAUUGUGCUGAGUCCCGUUCAGUAUUGACCAAAGAGGAGGCAGCCAUUCUAAAAGGCGUUUUAGGUUUUUGGCUUUGAGGUGAAAAGAGUGCACGAUGGGACUGUGGGCGAGAAAUGACGCGAGACCUCUUUCGGUUGUACACUUAUUACUGUUUUAACUCUCAUCAUCAUUAUAGGUGCUUACUGAUGUUGUGAGACGCUGCUUAUUCAAAGCUUUGUUACGAUCACAGCUUCAGUUCAUGUAUUUUCUUUUUCUUUUUAAAAAUAAUUCUGAUGUGUCAAUGUUACCACACAAUACGCUGCCUCCUCUGAAACACACGCACAGAAUUGGGUAGAAAGCAAAUUAGCUGAAUUUUAGACUCACUGUCUUUUCAUUGUAUCACCCGAGCGGUAAGAUUUUGUAUUUUUUAAUCCCCAGUGAAUAAUGCGUCCCGCUGAAAUCAUGAAAUUCCCUACAAACCAUCAGCAGGCUGUUUGCUGAGAUGAAUUUGAUUGUAUUGCUUAUUAAAAUGAGUCAGUAUGUCACAAAA